AUGAAGUUCUUCACAUCUCUUCUUGGAACGGAUAGAGACCGAAUGACGAGAAAAAGACGCAGCUUGGAAGUGAGCCUUCAUCGAAUUGAAGAGAAAGAAUUCUUACUGGAAAUGGAAUUGGAGGAAACGAGAAGAGCAAAAGUAAAAAUUGCUGAAGAAUUGCGUUCCAUAGUACCCGUGCGUCUCGUUUCAACAAUAUCCGUUUCCUCGGCAGAUUAUUCAUUUGGUACCAAUAGCACUAGCGAAGAGCGCUAUGGAUCCUAUCCAGUAGGCUCAAGUACCCCUAAGAAGGAGAAGCCUGGAAGAUCGCAGGAAGAGCCGUCGAAUCAGCAGAAACCUUCUGAAAAGUAUGAGACAAAAAUCGAAACGAUUCGCAAAGAAGAGGAGGAGCGCGUUAAAUGGCUCAAGAAGCAGCAAGAAAGAGAGAAACGACUCGUCAAACCGCUUGAGAAAUAUUAA